AUGAGGAAGGAAAAUAUAUUAAUUUUAUCUUUUCUAUUAUUUAUUCAGGUUUAUUUAUGUAAGAAUGUUAAAGUAAGAAAAUUUAAAGGAAGUGUUUUUUAUCUCUUCAGAGAAAUUAAAAUAUACAAAAAAAAAGUUAAUUUCCAAGUAAAAAAUAGUUGUACAUUUCUAACUGGAAUAAAGCCAAGUGGUGAUAUUCAUUUAGGGAAUUAUAUAGGAUGCUUGCACCCUAUUAUAAAUUUAGAAGCUAAAAGAAAAAAAAAUUUUAUAAAUGAAAAAAAAGAACAAGUAAUAAAGUUAAAUAAAAUAAUAUUAAUAGCCGAUCUUCAUUGUUUAACAAACUUAAACAAUAUAUUUUCUCUAAAAAAAAAUGUUUUGGACACAAUGAAAGUUAUUAUUUCUUUAAUAAUAGAUAUGUUUAUUAAGAAAAAAAAAUAUAUAGAUAUCUACAUUAAUGAUAUUAAGUUAGAAAAAAUAUUAAAAUUAUUUAAAUGUGAUUUCGAUUCAAAUAUCAGUAAGUUUUUACCUUCAAGCAAUUCGAAUAUAUCUCAAUCCUUCUUUGAUUAUGAAAAGGAACUCAAUAAUUUAAAUAUAAAUAAUACACAUAACAUUAAGGAUCAUAUAUUUAGUGAAAGUACAGAGUCUUAUAAUAAUUAUGAAGAGAAUACAGAUUAUCAUCAUGAAAAAUAUUAUGAAAAAAAUAUACACCAAAAACAUUUUUUCUAUAUUUUUAGGCAAUCAGAUAUUCAAGUUCAUACUUCUUUAUAUUAUUUAAUAAAUUCUUUUACAUCCAUUAAUUUGUUAAAUUCACAUGUACAUAUAAAAACAAGUGGUUAUAAUAAAUCUGUUUCCUUAUUAUCUUAUCCUAACUUAAUGUUAUCGGAUAUCCUACUUUAUAAGCCAAACUAUUUAAUAAUAGGAUUAGAUCAAAAUAAAAAUGUGGAAAUAAUUAAAAAAAUAUGUAAAAAAAUGAAUAACUAUUUUCCUUCUGUUGCUAAAAUGCCAGAAAUUUAUUCUCGUAAAUUUAAUAUAGAAAUAAUGAAUUUAGAUGGUCACAGAAAAAUGAGUAAAAAUGAUUUAUUAGAUAACCUAAACUUUUAUAAGAUUAUUUAUCUAUUUGAUGAAAAGGAUAUAAUAGAAAAGAAAAUUAAAAAAAGCAAAACAGAUAAUUUUAAUUAUUUAAAGUAUGGAGAAGCUAAUAGAAGGGAAAUAAAUAAUCUCAUUAAUAUAUAUAUUUUUUUUUAUUAUUAUAAAAUUAAAAGCAUUAGUGAGAAGAUUAAAAAAUAUCACAAAACACUCUAUUCUCUCGAAAAAAUAUUUUUAAAUGAGACAGAAAAAAAUUCUGAAGGAAAUAAAACCACUUACGAAUUUUCUCAUAAUGAGAAAAGUACAAGUAAUGAUAUUAAAUAUUUAAAUUUUUUUAAGAAUAGCAUAGAUGUAAAAAACAGUUUAAACAUAAUUAAUGAGGAUAAACUUUUUUUCAAAAAAAAUAACAUAAACCCAAAUUUUAAUGAAAAAGUAGUUAAUAAUAUAUUGUCUUCUUAUAAUAAUAAUUAUUACAACUUUAAAAAUGAUUUAACUUUACUAAUUUCCUAUCAUUUUUUAACAUCAAAAUAUUACUAUAACUUCCUUCUUUCAAAAGAUAAUUUAAUAAAUAAAAUAUUAAAAAUGGGAAAAAGAAGUCUUUCAAUAAGAGCAAUUAAAACAUUUAAGGACUUCAAAAAAAAGUUAAACUUGUAA